CACUGAAUUCGUAUUGUUGUCUACAGUGUUGUGUGUUAAUGAGUAAUUAUCAUUGUUGACGUAGUUAUUUAUAAAAAUUGACUUCAAUACGCAGAUACAUAAUUUAUGUUAAUUUCUCAAAUAACUGUCAUAUUAUUGCCUGAAGCGUUAAACAAAGUGAUCGGAUCGGGUGAUCAGACCUCACACAUGCCAUGCUAGUCGCCGACAGCCGGAAGAUGAAACUGAAACCAUGAAUCAAGAGCAAACCAUUAAAACACUGAAAUCAGGCGACACACAGAGAAUAGAUGCGGUCGUCACUACCCAACACAACAAUAUGCAUAAAUUUCAAGUGUGUAUAUUUCGUUUUCAGGUGCACUAUGGUAUUGUGUUUUGGAUUAUAGUUGUGGCCUGUAUGGCCGAUUCCACACAAGGUGCGGGCUGUACAGAGGGUCAGCAUUGUUCGGACUGCAACACGGCGGGCAAAUGCUCACAAGAUUGUGACAAGGGAUAUUUUGGACAUAAAUGUAGAUCGCUAUGCAGCACCACAUGCAGAUACAAUACAUGCACACUAGUUGCGGAUAGAGGUAUAGGCAAGUGUACUGAUGGCUGUGUAUCAGGAUUCCAGGGCACAAUCUGUGACAGACCCUGUGACCAGGUAGUCGAAUGUACGCUGUGCCCAGGGGGAUGUGAUGUGGACUACUGCCAGCUGGGUGGGGCUUGUUUUGCCGGAUGUAGAGAUUCCUUCUACGGAGCAGGAUGCAAGACGUGCCCCAGUCACUGCAGAACCUGCAACAGGAUGACAGGAGUAUGUGACGAGUGCGACCCAACACAUCAUGGAGUGAACUGCGAGAAGUCGUGUGAGAACUGUGCAGGAUCCUGUGAGUCCAGCUGUGAAUGUGUUCCUGGCUUCUACGGGGAUUUCUGUGCCGAGACUUGCAGUAAAACCUGCCGCCCUAAGUCAGUCCACAAGUGUCUUCCAUUUCCUGGCAUGACGUCAGACAAUUGUACAGGUGGAUGUCACAAACACAGUGCCGAGUGUCUCCAUGGCUGUGUGGAUGGCUGGUUCGGGCCGACGUGUUCUUCUCCUUGUAAUCCUCGAUGCAGACAUCAAAGAUGUAAUGCUGGAGGCUCUUGUGUUGAAGGCUGUGAACCUCAGUAUUUCGGUUCAGCCUGUGAACCGUGUCCUGAGACCUGCGUCAACCAGACAUGUGACUCUAACAACGGCUCCUGUGUAGCUGGGUGUCGUGACGGGUUGUAUGGGGAACACUGCAAUGAGACCUGUACGUUAUGUCCUCGUGGUGUCUGUGAUCAGCACACUGGUAUCUGUGUGACAGACUGCAAUGUCACCCAGGAAGGACGUCAGGUCAACUGUACACAGCCUUGCUCUUCACCAGAGUGCUCGACAGGCUAUCGUAACUCCAGUCUUCCAAAGUGGCGGCAUAUCAGCACAACUACACUGACGUCGGUUGUGUGUGCAGUCGUCCUUUUCGUUCUGGUUGCAAGUUCCGUAUGCUGUGUCUGUUUCCGCAAAGGUCCGUGUAUACAAAGGGCGAACCCAUCUGACACUGGUACACGCAACAAUGUAUUGGAGCAGGCUGAUGCCGCGUAUAUGGGGUACCAGGUAUUACAUCAUUAUUGGGAAAUCAGAGAAGAUGCAGCAGAAUUGGGCGACGAGAUUCUGAACCAGAACCACGAAAGUAGCAGUGAUACAAGUGAUGCUGCAAUGCAUGUUUUAGCAGAUUACUUUCCGGGAGACGCCGGAGAUAUAGGUAUUGAAGCCAGAGGUAAUGCCAUUGAAGAUGAUGACGACAUUGAAGCCGAAGAUGCAGACAUUGAAGCCGGUGAUGACGACAUUGAAGCCAGUGAUGUCGACAUUGAAGCCCGUGAUGAUGCUGACAUUGAAGCCGGUAAUGAUGCUGACAUUGAAGCCGGAGAUGAUGCUGACAUUGAAGCCGGAGAUGAUGCUGACAUUGAAGCCGGAGAUGAUGACGACAUGGAAGCCGGUGAUGAUGACGACACUGACGCAGGAGAUGGUACAUCAGACAGUUCUGUCACACAGAACCAUUCCUACACACGCCUCAUGGGGGACGUUUUCGCUGCUGGUCGGAGAACAGUCGUCACAUAUAUAUCACCAGUUGAGGACUAACAUUCGUCAAUCUCUGUCAUUUCCAUAAAAUGUAUUUAUGAUAUAACGGGUAGGCUUCUUGGCACAAUAAAGCCAACGGAUGCAAACUGUAUCUGUCAUAUAUGGAUAAAGAUGCCAAUAUGGAAGGUCAGGUAGGUACAACUUUCAUUAUUUACAACAAACAUGGCGUCGCCCUUGUUAUUCAGUGAUCGAAUAAUAAUUAAUCAUCGAAAUCUAGAGAAACUACUGAGAUAAUCGUUAUCAUUAUCAAAACAAUAGUCUGAGAUACUGAAAAGCAGUGUAUCUCCAAGACUGGAAGUUCUAUCUUUAGAUUUCUUUCCCACACAACACACUUCAUGAAAACGUCAAUCCUUGAUCCAUGGGGUAUUUAUUACUAAACGUGGCGAGCAUAGAUAUAGUUACAUAUCUAUCUUCAAAGGUUCAGGCCAAUUUGUCAAAAAUGAAAGCAAAUGUUAUCUGGAGUUCACUGAGAAAACAAUACGGGAAAUGCUGGACUUCCUCAUUGAUAACAUCUAUGUUAAAGUUGGGAGUAAGACAUUUAUGUAAGUAGUAGCCCCAGUUGUACUCCCGUUCCUGCUUAUUUGUUUCAUUGUGCAUAUGAAUCGAAAUGUCUGUCGGAUUAGCAAAGUCAAAACAAGGCAAUUUUAACUUGUGCUUCAGGUAUGAUCUCAUAUUGUCUGAUAUCCAUCAAAUAGCCAAUUUCCUUCCAAUGAUUUACCCACCUGAACUAGACAUAAAGGAGACCAGUGAGAUCUCCUCAUCUGUAAUAUAUUAAGAUCUAUGCAUUCAGAGCCACAAAACACUUUCCACAAGGCUGUAUGACAAGAGGGUUGGCUUCAACUUUCCAGAUGUCAACUUUCCCUUCAUGUCGAGCACUAUAUACCAGCAGCACCAGCCUUGCGUGUCCACAUUUCACAACCUUUGAUGUACAAUCGAGCAUGCUCUUUCUACAAAGAUGUUAAAGUUGUUUUACCAAGGUCAACAGUCAAGGCCUUUCAAUGCGCAGGACAUUUCCAAAUUUGAUGUAUCAGUGACAAACUUUAUGUCCGGUUCCUUAUUUUGACUUGCACCAUAUGUUGCCAUGUUUUUUUCUCAGUAACCUUUUGACUUGCCUCUGCGUGUGAUAUACGCUCAUCUUUUCACUAUCACUAUUUGAUAUAUGCUCUUGGUGAAGUCGGAAUAGUACAAUCAACUCUGCUAUUGGCAGAGAUUUCAUGUGGCCAUGGAAAGGGUUUUGUCGUUUUGUGUUAAUGUGUGGUUAAGGAUGUUGUUACACAUAUGUUUAUGUAAGGAUAAGAAUUUAUGGAUGAACAACUUCUAUAUUUCAAUUAAGAGCGACGUUUGGGUGGAGGUUCUAACUCCGUUAU